CGGGCAUGAAGUGGCGUGAAUACGCCGAGCGCGUGCGCCAAAGCGAGACAAAGUGAGUGCGUUUUUUGGUGUGAGCGUGUUCGAAAAUGCCCGGGGUCGAUGGAAGUGAAGAAGAAGAGGAGGAAAAAGAAACACCAACACGGUUCAUCUCGUCGAGGCACACACAGCCUGUCCCUCGAAUGCAUUCAAUUUUUAUUCCUCGACAGACGCAGACUCGAACGCACGCACGUCCGUACGCGCGUCCCGUGUUGUAAGCGAUCGUAAGCGUAAAGCGGAAAAGGGCUGCGUAGACAGUCGGUAGAAAACAAACGCAACAAACCGGGGUGGAUAAGUUUCACGGUGCUUUCGCGUAAGCUUUUGUGUCGGAUAAAGUGUUUACCGGAUUUUGGAGCUCGUUUCGUGACGAUCGUGUGAGUUUCGCGCAAGUGAUUUGUUUGCGCUCAGUUGUGCGCUAGUGUAGGGUGGUUUGUCGAUGUUCGAAUACCAAUCAGUUACCCGAGUGUGAUACGUGGCAAUCAAGUGAUGGUAGAGAGUUAAAGUGCCCGGAAAUAAGCACCAAUAAAACCCUUUGGCAGCUACAGAAACAAAAGAAAAACCGCCGAUCGAAAGUGCAGUGCUACUCCGUCAAUCACUCCCCGCACGAAUGACGGUCAGCUAUGUCGUAUGACGCGAGUUGUCAAUUGUUUUCCCAGUGUACACGGUUCGCUACAAUUGCUCAGUAGAAGGGAAGUUUGCGAUGUAAUGAGUGUCAAUUGCGUGCUGGUGCGAAACAUUUGAUCCUAACGAACCAAACCGCCCGCCCCAAAACGGUACUGCUUUCGGGCAAUCAAAGUGACGCGACAUUUUGUGCGAGAAAGUGCGUUUCUCUCCGUACGGCCAGCGGUGUAGUUCGGUGCAAAUCUUCAUGCUAAAAUCGUCAGGAAUGACUGUAACUCCGGUACGAAUGGCGAUGACCAGCCCGACGGUGCCCAUGCAGCAGAAAAGCAACUCGCGGAUCAGCAACUUCAGCGUCGCGUCCCUGCUGGCGGACACGCGGCCCAAAACGCCGAACGCGCACCAUGCCAUCAUCACCUCCGGCACCCCGACCACGACCACCCCGACGCCGCCCUCGCUCACCCCGCUCAGCCCGCUGAUGGUGCACGGGCCGCCGCACGGUGCCGCGCUGCUGCACCAGGCGAUGACGACCGCGCUGACGACGGUGACGACCACGACCCUGCCCGGCACCUCCCCGUCCAGCGACAUGCUGCCCGCCAAUCUGUCCUCCCACACGACCAGCUCCUCCUCGCCCCGGUCCCAGCACGACGGUAGCUCGCUGCGGAACCUGGACGCGGACCGGCACACGGACACCCCGCACAGCCUGCUCGAGUCGGACGAUUACGACUCGAACCACGACGAGGAGGAGGACUCGAUCGUCGACAUCGAGGACAUGGACCAGGAGCUGAGCGAGAGCGGCUCGCAGCCGGGCGGCCGGAAGGGCAGCGGCUCGCCCGGGUCACCGUCCGCGAUGGGGAUGGGGCACGGUUCGCCGCCGGGAGCGGCCCUGGCGGCCGCCGCCGGCCACGUACCGAUACGGCCGACGCCGUUCAGUGCGCUGGCCGCGGCUGCGGCGGCCUGGGGCGGCAUGAGCGGCGGUGUACCGUGGCCCGGCGCCCGCCAGAUGCCACCGUUCGGUCCGCCGGGGCUGUUCCCCGGGCAGGGCUUCGGCGCCGGUCAGCUUGGUGGAGAUAACGAACCGCCCCGUAUCAAGUGCAAUCUGCGGAAGCACAAACCGAACCGGAAGCCCCGCACACCGUUCACCACCCAGCAGCUGCUGUCGCUCGAGAAGAAGUUCCGCGAGAAGCAGUACCUCAGCAUAGCGGAGCGGGCCGAGUUUAGCUCGUCGCUGCGGCUCACCGAGACCCAGGUCAAGAUUUGGUUCCAGAACCGGCGGGCCAAGGCGAAGCGCCUGCAGGAGGCCGAGCUGGAGAAGAUCAAGAUGGCGGCACUCGGGCGGGCACCGGGCGCCCAGCUCUACAUGGGCUACUUCCAUCCGAGCUUAAUGGGUGGCGCGAUGCAUCUGGGCUAAGCGUGCCGAAGAUGCCUCCAAAAUGCAACAAACCAACAGCAACAAGAACAACAAAAACAGCAGCAGCAUCAACAAAAACAAUUGCAAAACAAAACCUACCAACCAAUCAACCAUUGUGAAUAUUAGCAUUUAAGUGUCUAUUGCUAAAACUGACCUGUUGCUAUACUCGUUAAGAAGUGGUAGUGCCGGCCGGACGAUGUCUAUGAUUAGGGUAUUUAUUUUAGUUCGCAUCCAAACGUCCAAGCGGCCUCGCAGGAGGAAGGGCACAACUCUGCAACUCACACAGGGCAUGCCCGGAGUGCGAAGAGUUUAAUUUUAUUUAUUCCUAAACGUGGGCUUUCCCUGGCCCGGGCGCUUUGUAUUGGCCCUACUCCCUGUGGGGGGGGGGGGAUUUUGUAAAUAUUAAUCAGUUUUGGGCAUCCUUCGCUUGCCUCCCUUUCCUCCCCUGGAUGGUGUUUGCUGAGUGCUAUUGGUGGUGGUGGUGUUAGCCCAACAACACCUCAUCGCCGCUCAAGACAAACGCUCUCCGAUCGCCAUUUGUAAAUAUUGUCCCGAACGAAAAACGGUUCCGACGUUCCGAGGGUUGCGUGCGAAACACUUUUCGGCCCGAGGGGGUGGAUAAUUUGCUCCCUUCCCCUUGCUUUCCAGCGCGAUACGUUUUUGGGUGGCAAUGGCGCCUAAAGCUGGCUCCACUGUGUGCACGGUUUUAAUUUCAUUUUUUAUGUGUUUGUGUGGAAUGUAAAUAACAGCCCCGAAAGGGGUGAACAAUCGCUAACGUUGGCUAGGGAAGUGUAGGGAUUGCGCCAAGAAGGUAAACGUUCGUUGGAGAUUUCGAUCAGCUGAAGUCAAAUGCGUCCGAUCGGGUCCCCGGGCGAUCCGUUGUAAAUAGACCAUGUUUAAAAAGAGAGAGGGGGAUGGUGUGCGAGUGUAGAUGAGGUGGGAUUACUGGAUGACGACAGUGAGGCGUUUGUUGUUGUUUGAAUGUGACAGCUUAUUCGCCAUUUGCGCUGCUAAUAGAUAGAUAGGUGCCCCGGGGUGAGUGUUUGGAGAAGAGCCUCCAAUGUUUGUGGGUCGUGUGCCGAUCUCGAUCAUUACUUAUCCAAUUGCUGCCAAAGUUGUACAGACGGACGGGGGGGAACCGGUGGUAGGGGCACACAAUCCACUCCAUUAAGUGGAAGGCAAAUAAGGUUAAUUUGAAGCCUCCUAGCUCAGAGCAAACACCAGCAACACAAAAAAGCGCUGAAAUCGGGCAUCAAUUCGGAUGGAGUUCAGGUUUUUGCCGGGGGAAGAGUUUUUUUUAAUAAAGCGCAGGAACAGGUAACAAAAAAA